UGAUAUCUUAGCGAUGUCUGCGAUUGACGGUAUAAUGAAAGCGAAAUGGAAUCCGCUCGAUCAUGUUGUAUGACCAUAACUGCGGUGCCGACGCCUGAUCCAUAUGUUGUCUUCUUGCGCGACACCUUCUUCCUUACUUUCACUUCCGGAAACAGAGUUGAAAUAUGGUCAUCCCCGACUCUCCUCGGUUUUUAUACGUAUCCGAGAAAGACUGUAGUAUGGCAACCGGAGCACGGGUACCCCUUCUCCGGAAACAUCUGGGCCCCCGAGCUGCACGCCCUCUGCGGCCGCUGGUACAUAUAUGUAUCGUGCGAUCAUCCUCUCAUCGGUAACGCCAGUCAUCGGCUCUGCGUGCUUCGCGGCCCGCCGACCGACGUAUCUCCCUGCGAGGCGCCUUGGGAAUUCCUCGGUCCGCUACCGGGACUUCCGCCUCACCAGUGGUCCAUCGAUGGGACGGUAUUCGAGCUGGAUGACCAGCUGUAUUGUGUGUAUUCCGGCUGGCCGCUUCUGGCGGGAUAUCCUGGCGAAAGCAUCAAGAGCAUGGUUGAAAGAGGCCGCAGCCAGGACGAAUCCAUUCAGGAACUAUAUAUCGCUCAUAUGGCGAGUCCGGAGCUCGUGGACAGUUUCGCCGUGCGGAUAUCGGCGCCAGAACACCGCUGGGAAUUCUCCGGGUCCUCAGGGAUCAACGAAGGCCCGCAGUACCUCAAGGCAUCUGACGGUUCGUGGAAAGGCAUCGUGUUUUCCUGCGCCGGAAGCUGGACCCGCGAUUACAAGAUGGCCACGCUGCAAUACGUCGGCGGCGAACCGCUCAACCCUCGCGCAUGGGUCAAGAGCCGCCGCCCGCUCCUCCAGGCGUGGUCGCCGAAGCUGGGGUCCAUCGGAGAGGGCGGCAGGCGAGAUGUCGGGCCGUUCGGCCCGGGGCACGGGUCGUUCAUUCGGAUGCCGCAUGGGAUGUCGGGGACUGCGGACGAAGACUCUGACGGGGGGAUGCUUUGCGUGUUUCACGCCACGGAUCGGCCGGAUAGUGGAUGGGAGGGUCGGAAGGCAAGGGCGCAGAGGGUCAGUUUUACGUCGGAUGGGCCUGAUAUGGGGGGGUUUGUGGGUAGAGUGACGACGGACGUGGACGAGUUCAUGGGCUGUAGAGCGGUAAAUAUAUUGGGGGUUCCUGGGGGUCACGGUGGAAGGUCUCGUGCAAACGGAAAUUCUAGAAGGGCGAGCAUCAAGGCAAAGUUCAAGGGGUUGCUCGGUUGUGGGCUACGGUGAUGCUUUGCUCAGGAGAGUAAUUGUGAACUAUCUUGAAUCAUUCUGCAAGCAGGGGAGCGAUGCAUCUAGAAGGAAACCGAUAGUCUGGAUCAUUUUGAUGGCGGUCUCAUACAAACGGCUAACAUAAAUAGAGGGCGUUGCAGGAUUCCAGGUAGUGAUGCUACGGUAUCAGGGGACAAGAACAGCAGCAAUUGAGUCAUUUCAGAUGAGGCAUGUAUGUAUAGAA